AAUCUUUCGCCGUCAGGUUACAUUUAUCGCCGCCGCUGAGACCGCCGCUUAAGGCCCGUCUCCUCCAUCCAUAACCAAAACCACCCUCAUCGCCUGUUCCUCGGCGGGAAAAUCCUGUAGAGUUUGAGCCAAUGUUGUCGGCGUGAACCUCAAAAGUUGUGGGUGUUUUCCCGCCGAUAAAGCUGCUGGCAAGAUGGGUUGGGGUUGGGUAGGAUGGUGUGUAGGGCAAGUAGCAGAUGGGGAGAACUAAGGAGCAGGCAUCGUUAACUCGGUUUCCACCCUGUCCUAGGAAUCCUGAUAAAUUCAAAGAUAUAAACAAAACACUCCAGGAAAAGGGAUAUGGUAAGGCUCUGAAAAGAAAACCUUGGAAGGGUGUGACAUGCCCUGUCUGUCUUGAGGUUCCUCACAACUCGGUCGUCCUCCUUUGCUCAUCUUACCACAAAGGAUGCCGUCCUUACAUGUGUGCCACGGGAAACCGUUUCUCAAAUUGUCUAGAGCAGUACAAAAAGGCCUAUGCAAAGGAUGAGAAAAGUGACAAACCGCCAGAGCUAUUGUGCCCGCUUUGUAGGGGUCAGGUGAAAGGUUGGACUGUUGUGGAAAAGGAACGGAAGUAUCUGAAUUCUAAGAAAAGGUCAUGCAUGAAAGAUAAGUGUUUGUUUUAUGGAAGCUAUAGACAGCUCAAGAAGCAUGUUAAGGAGGUUCAUCCGAGAGUCAAACCAAGAGCCAUAGACCCUGUGCUGGAGGCGAAAUGGAAGAAGCUCGAGGUUGAGAGGGAGAGGAGUGAUGUAAUCAGCACAGUCAUGGCGUCAACACCUGGGGCUAUGGUAUUUGGAGACUAUGUGAUUGAGCCAUACAAUAAUGCUUAUGGUCAUCAUGAUGACAGUUAUGAAGAUGACAGUGAGUCGGAUGAUGAAAUGGAAGGUGGGUUAUUCGAGCUUGGAUCAUUCGACAUAGGCCGUCUUCAACCGCGGUCGGCUGCCGUCUCAAGCCGGGGAAUUCGCAGUAUGAUCAUAAGGAACCGGUGGGUUCGAAGCAGAGGUGUGAGCAGAAGGCGGCAAACACAAGAUUGAUGAUUGAUGAUUGGAAGCUUGGAAAGCGGAUGAUUCUACACCGUCUGACCAAGUUAACCUCCGAGCUCUAUAUGGUGGCGGAGGGGAAGGCGAGUGGGAACAAAACAAAGGAUUGUUGAUUAAAGUUUUUAGUUAGCAGUUUAGGGUUUCAGGUUCGGAAGAUUUGAGUUGGGUGUUCCCUCGUCCUUUGAUUUAAAGAGUUCCAACGUUUCAUAUGCUUUGGAUACUUUUAUUUCAUUUGAAAAUAUUUCCAUUGGCUUCUUUCUUA